AUGGCGGCCCUUACAGUGCUAGCGGGCAUGGUCGUGGUGGCCCAUCUUACUCAGGCAUCGCCAAUGCCUGUCGAGCAACGACAUCCCAUGAUCACGCCGGCUCCGACUUUGGACCUUCCUACACGGACUCUCAUUGAGCAGAGGGGCGUCCUGGAUGACCUUAAGUCGGAUGUAGACUCGGUUUUCUCCAAGCUUGGGUCGGCCGUGCCGUCAUAUGUUGCGUCGGUUCAGCAGCUAACCAACGGGAAAGGUGUACCGAAUUUCUUUCAAGACUUUCCUACCAAGGAUAAAGUCCAAAGCUCGCUUGGCGUCGAUGAUAAGCAGCUAGCUGCACUCCCAACCCAGGUGCUCAACCUUCCUCCCUACGGCAACUGGAGCAGAGGUUCAUGGAACGUGCGAUUCCACGGAAACGUGUACAAGCAGCCCCCGACCGACCAGAAGACCAUCGACGACUUAGCCAACAAGUUUCUAGUCGACGUUAACAUCGACCAGCUCCCACCUGACGAACAGGCGAAUGCCCGUAACAUGACCGCGUCGAUAUUUGUGGUACAACAAGAGGACCAGAAUGUUACAAUGCACCUGGAGCCGGCUCCCUCAGCUGGGUCCGAUGGUGAAAAGGGCGGAGGCGGUGCCACAACAGCGAGUGGCGGCGAACAGAGUGUCAACCUGCCCUAUCUCACUACCGACCAAGGUGACUUUGACGUAUUUGUGCCGAUUCAGCUGAAUGGUCUUAUGAGAGGUGACACAAACACCAGCGUGCAACGGCUGAAUGUGUAUGCCAAUGGAACCAAUACCGGCAACGCCACGGCGUACCUCGUCCCGCCGACGGGAUUGUCCAUCAUUUCAGACAUUGACGAUAUUUUGCGAGUCACCAAGAUUUACAAGCCGAAAGACGGCCUGCUGAACUCGUUUGCCAAGCCGUUCACCCCGUGGAUGAACAUGCCAGACAUCUACGCCAAAUGGGCGAGACAGUACCCCACGAUGCACUUCCACUACCUGACCACGACGCCGGAGCAGGUCACGCGCAACUACAUGGACUUUAUCUAUAAGACCUACCCCGGCGGCUCCUUCGACACGCGGCCGCUCAACUUUAGCGACGUCAGCGCCACGCUGUCGAUCCGCAAGUUCCUCCUCGAAAAGUUCUUCCAGACCUUCCCGCAGCGCAAGAUCGUGCUGGUCGGGGACACCUCCAACUCGGACAUCAUGCGCGACUACCCGGGCCUCGUCAAGGACUUCCCUGGCCAGGUGCAGUGCAUCCUGCUGCGGAACACGAGCGCCACAGAUCCGGACGACCUCUUCCCGUACGACACGAGCGGGUUCAAGGGCCUCGACCAGAAGUUGUUCAUGUUCUUCCGCACGCCGGACGACUUGACCAACAUCGACCUGCAGAAUGGCAACUGCUACAACUCGUCCGUGCCACAGAAUAUUACGUUUAGCAGACAGGCCGAGCUCCUUGGCAUUCAUGGCUCAGGAGCUGACAGGAUUGGCAAGGGGUGGUUGAUCUCGUUGCUGGUGUCUGCGUUGACAGCAUCAAUCUUGUUAUUAUGA